AGACAAGUUUUUUUUUUGUUACGAACAAAUUUAGCUAUGUUCUAUCAUUUUACUUAAUUUAUUCAAUUUAUGAGAGAAUAAAAGGAUGGCAUUACCCUAGUCUUUAUAACGAGUAUAUAUAUACUUAAGUUCUCUGCGUAUAAUACAGUAUACAGAAAAAGUAGUAAACAGAGUAUACUAUCUUUUUAUUGUAAGCAAAUGAGAGGAAAAAGAACCCUAAUAAUUCGAAAAGUGUCAUGAUCAACCACUCUGGAGCUCAUCUGUAAAUUUGCACAAGGAAAUCAUACAACGCCCUAUAGAUUGAGAAAAAAAAUUAAAAGAACUCAGAGUUCGUUUAAAUUAAUGUCGGAAGCUCAACUUAAAAGUUCUAUAAACAAAAUCCAUCAGGUUUUGGCUCCUGGUUUAGAUGAAUCUGCUAGUUUUGAAUUUCAUUUUAAAAAUAUUGAAGAGUCAAUCAAGCAAAUCAUUCGUGCUUCUAUAUUAGUUGUUGAAUUAAAUGAUAAUGAGUCUUUAGAUACCCUGGACGCAUCAAUAAAAGAAUUACUAGACGCUAAGCAAAGGCUGAGAUUGAUGCAAAAUGCUUUUAAUGAUUUGUCUGCUAAAGUUAAUAGAAAUCUCGAAUUCCUAGAUAGAUCGAGCAUGUUAGAUGUAUUCACGCAAAUAUUUAAAGAAUUACUUCAGGCUUACGAAUCAAAAUCAGACUUUGAAAAAUACGGGGAUGAAGGCGAAUACAUUGAAUUCCGAAAGACCAUUUGGCAUGAACAAAAUCUUGAUGGAAAAGAAUUCCCACAAAUGCGGGUUUUCUUUGAACCAAAUCUACAACAAAAUGCUGAAGAUGAAGAUAUUGUUAUCUCUUCGUCCACAAUCGAAACCCGAUGUCCAUUGACUUUACAACCAAUAGUUCAUCCCAUCAUUUCUACAAGGUGUGGUCAUUAUUAUGAGAAAGGUGCUAUACAGUCUUUAACCGGAACGAGUGGAUGUCGAUGUCCAGUCGUUGGCUGUAAUGCUCAAUUGCGAAAAUCAGACUUGAAAGAAGAUCCUGUUCUUGAACGACGGUUACGCCGUCUUCAAGAGCUGGUAAGAGAGGACUCAUGAUUUUUAUGCUUUUCUUUAUUCUUUAAGUAUUCCUUUACUCAUAUAUUUCUUAACGUCUUCCACUGACGCUUGUCAGUAAUAUGAAUUUUAUACCCAUGAUAAUGAAGUAGUCUAAUUGAAUUUGGGUAACCAUUUUAUUUCC